AUGGGCACCAAAGGCAAGAAGAGAAAAAGCCGUAACAGGCGUAAUCUGGCUGAGCAUAAUGCCAAAAAACAAGAUCCGCCUCCGCCGGAAUCGGAGCAAGACACCGAUCAAGAUACUCAAGACGAGGAUUUUAUGGAUUUCGAAGAAACUGGAAGAGAACCCCCGAAAGAAUGGGUAUCGGAAGCUAUCCGAAAAGUAGUUCAAUCAACAGAUGAAAAUAUGGUAAAGGAAUUUUUCCUAACCGGUCAACAUGGAACCGAAAUGACCACUCAAAUCAUGAUGAUGAACAAGGAAAUUGGCAACGCCAACCAGGCAAGAGGACUUGAGCGUGAACAAUAUGGAAUUAUUCCCGAGCAUGCAUAUAAUGCUAUGUGCACUUCGUGGGUUACUGAGCAAAACAAGCGCGAAGUUCAAAACGAUCGGUCAAAGCUUUGGAAAGCUUUUGAUAUAACACAUACCACAUUCAAUAAUUUCAACAAAGCCUACGGUCUACCCCUUGGUUGGAACGUUUCUGCGUCGGACCUGGAGCAGCUUAUCGGGAAACGGCCACUCGAUAUUCCAGACCAAGGCGUUGAGCAGAACUCUGACAGCGAGACAUCUGACGAAGAACCACUUUUUGAGGACGAUAGUGAUUCCGGAUCUGAUAGGGAGGAAACCGCCAGUGAGGAUAUUACAGGCCUGGAUCGACUGGAAACUAGAGCACGGAAGGAGGCCAAUAAUUGGGGCGCUGGUAAAGUUCUUUACUGGUGGCGAAAGGGAGCUGGUAGCCAGAUAUUUGUGAGAUAUGGGACCAAACAAAAUCCAGUCUAUCGCAUCAGAGCUGGUUCAUAUGAAUAUUGGGACGAACGCAGAGUUGAAAGGAUUGUGUCUCCUUACUUCCCCGGAACCAACACCCGUGGGUUACAGAAGGUUCAAAUAAAAGUGAAAGAUGGCACGAAAGAGGCGUGGAAAUGGGGCCGAGACGAUGUCUACGAUAUCCUUGGAGUCGGAUGGAAGAUCAUUGAUGAUGAUGAUGAUCAAUGUGAUCCUCUUGAUUACAUAGCGCCUGAGCCGGGUGCCAAAUACCCUGAAACACGAGUCUUGGUGAAAUGGAAAGAUGGCAAGACGACCUUGGAGACCCGGACCUUUAUCCGACGCAUUACCAAAGGAUCAACGCUAAUGGCAGACCGGAUCAUAUAUCAGAAGGCCAAAGAGCUUGAGGAGAUGUAUCAAGACGCACAAAUUGCGGAGGAGGAUGAAGCUGAUGAAAUUGAUGUCACUGAAGAAACCGAUGAAGUUGAGGUGGCUGUCGCCAGAACACCAGCUAGAGUUCCCGCCAAAGCUCGUGAAAUUACCCCCAAUCGUCCCGCUAAGGCUGCUGCCAAGGUCCCUAACAAGGCCCCCACUGCGGCACCCGUUCAAUCCUCUCGCUCUCGCUCUCCGGCGUUGCAGAAGGGCAAUGCCCCUCAGUCUACAACUGAUGAAGAUCCACGCGACCUUGAGAUCCGCCGAUUGAGAGAACAACUACAGCAGCAGUCUCAAUUACAAGCAAAGCAAUUUGCUCGGACGACUCGCCGGCGACCAACCAAUAGAAACGACAAUGAUGGAAACUCAGAGGUUUCCAGUAAGCCACCAAUCCCGCCAUUGAGGCGCAACAGGCGUGGUGAGAUAAUUCCACCAUUUAGCAAUUGGGGCUAG